AAAUCUAUUAUGCAUUUGGUUUUUGUCUGUGUGGCUCUUCUUUUUCGAUUGCUUAACUCUACUCACUGUGUAUUAAUUGUUCCUUAAUAAACGGUAGACUACUAUGAGUUCGUCUGCGUCUAAGGGUAGUGGCUAUGUGUUCGAACAACAAAACGAUGUGCGAUUAAACGAUCUCAGUUCCAAAAUUUCAGCCAUUAAGAAUAUUACAAUUGACAUUCAUCAGGAUGUUUCGGAUCAAGAUAGAUUACUAGACGAGUCACAUGAUUCAUUUAGUGGUUUGAAUCAUCGGCUUCGUAACUCCUUUGGCAGAAUGAAUAGAAUGAUAUCCAAGCGUCAUCAACGACAGCUUUGUUUUUAUGUCACAAUGGCGAUAUGUGUUUUUUUCAUCAUUUAUUUUGGAGCACCAAUUGCCAAAAGCUUUUUCGGACCCAGCAAUUCUGAUAACAAUAAUGCAGAAGCUCAUAAUGAUAUUACGACAAACCCAAAUGUUUGAAUGUCCAAAACUCUUGAACAAUAUAUCAUACUUUAUCAUAAGAGUAAAUUCAUAAAAACCAUGUAGAUAUAAAAGCUUGAAAGAAACAUACAAUUCCAACUUUCAAAUACUUGAAAAAAUAACACUUUAUAGUAAUUGAUUUGAAGUUUCUGAUUCACUAGAACCAAAGGUAUGAGUUUGUCAUCGGUCGGUUGUUCAAUAAUCGAUAGAUAGACCAAACGUAUUGAGCAUUAUUAUUGGAUGUAAUAACAUACUACACGCCUAGCAAUACACUAUUAUCUUAAGACGUUACUCCAUCUUGAAUGUAAAAUAGUACCUUCGUAUAUUUAUUCACUCGUAAGUGAGUUUUCGUGUGUUGAGAAAAGUUCGGUUUACUGAGAUGUAGAUGGAAAUCUUUCUCCAAAUUCUCAAAGUAUCGCC